AUGAAUAAAUUACUUGAGAUAAAUAGGGAGCUCAGAGAUAUCCCAGAUCCUUAGAUAAGAUCUCGCGAGUUCUUUAUCAAGAAGAUCCAAGUGACCUAUGGGUACGACAGAGAAAACGCAGAGAAGACCUACGAGUACAUGAAGUUACAAAGAGCUAAACUUGCUUUAGGUAUUGCUUGCGGAACUGCUGCUGUGUUGUGGGCAAGACCAAUCCAAAGACACGCUGAGAAAUAUAGCGCUAUUUUUAAAAAGCCAUGGAUGAAGGCUCCCAUCUACUCUGUAGCUUUUCUCUGUGCUUUUUACGGAGGAAUCUAACUUCCAUCUCGUAUUUUCUACAAGCUCACUCCCUCCAAGAACACUGGAAUCAGCCACUCUGCCUACACUGGAAACUUAGAUAUGGUGAGCAAGUUCCGUAUGUUCGAGACCUUCGAGCCAAUCAACCCUAAGGGUUAAAUUGCAGACUACCUCACAGUUUAUGGAACUGAUCCAUUAACCAAAACUGAAUUGAUUGACAACAUCGCUCUCCAUGCUCUUAAAGAAUUUGAUCUUGCCAACAUGUUCUAAAUAAAGAGAAGAGGCAAGGAUAAGGACCCAAUUUUCUGGAGCUUUGGUAAGAUUCACGGUCUAGAAAAUAUCGCCUUCGCCGAUGAAUGUGAAAUUAAAGCUACUAAAGGAAAUCCAGUAAGAAUCUAAAAGCUUGUCAACAGAUAUGAGGGAUCUCCAUUAAUGAUAGACUCAUAUGAGCAUUUAGUUCAAGAGACAAGGAAUGCCUUGAAUGGAUAUAAAGAGAAGGUUGAAAAGAUGACAUUAAAUCCAUCUGACAGAAAGAAACUAUUGGCACUUCCAUUCUAUUUAUCAAAGAGAUCAGAAGAUCCAGCACCAAAGAGAGGCCAAUACGAGUAUCAACUCUUCAAGGAACUUACUGGUAAGGAAUGGGAGACUUAUGAUGGAGUCAACUUUGAUCCUGAGAGCAAGAUCAACGAGUUUGAGUACGAGAAAUUUAUUAAUCCACAUCUCCUUAAGAAUGAUGAUCUGACCAGCUCAGAUGAAUUUAAGAAGUUGAUUAGAGUCCUCAACUACUUCUCAAGAACUGAGAUUGAAAAGCAUGAAUAAAACAAAAAGGCUUUCUAGAAUCUCAUGCCAAUUCUAAGAGGCCUUACUCCCUCUGAAGUUGAGAUUCUUGUCCACAAAAUCAAAAACUCAAACCAAAAUAUUAGUGAUUCAAUGACAGAAGAAAUUCUCAAUGAAUCUGUCCUGAGAGAUGUGGAGGAAGGUUUAGCUAAGGUAUCUGAGGAACAAAACUAUCUUGCCAAGAACAGAUACAGACUAGAAAGAACUGUCCUUGACUACGGCGACAAAAAGCGUCAGCCAGUUGACCAUAGAAGACUUCAUGAAAUGCUUAAGAAUAGGCCUGCCUUCAGAGCAAAGAUUUUGGAUGAGAUCUAGACUCAUGAAGAGGGCAGAUUCAACCCAUAAUGGGAGCAUGGUAUUCUUUCAUAUAUCAGCGACGGUUCAGUCGGUGCCAUGAAAGACCUAGUCAGAGAACUUGGAAUUAACAGCGAGAACAUUCCAUUCAUGAACGUUGGUGACUUGCAAAAGACAAGAGACAGUCUGUUGACUCAGCCAAGUGACCACUAAUUCCAAUUCUUGCUGAACGCUCUGUUCUCACCAAUCGAUAUGACUGACUAUGAGAACACAUUCGUUGGCUUUGAUGAAAUCGUAGGAGGCAUGCCCAAUCUUGAUUACAGUUCACUUAAACCAAUGUUUGAGGAGCCAUACCCUACUACCCAUCAGCUUGCUGCUCUGGAAACACCUGAGGCACCAUACAGAAACUCAAGAUCUAGAACUCACAGAGAUCUUUAAGAUCUAAAGGCUGCUGAAGCUGAGGCCGCUGCUGAAGGCGAUGAUGAAGAGGAAGAAGAAGAGGAAGGAGAUGAAGAAGGAGAAGGAGAAGAGGGCGGUGAAGAAGCAGCCGCUGAGGAAGAAGCUGAUGAGGAAUAUGAAGAAGAAGCUGAGUGGCCACCAAAAGACAGAAUUGAAGCCAACGAAGGCGAAGAUAAAUUCUUCAUCAGAGAUGAGACGAUAAGAAACAAAUUCAACGAGAUCGAAAUCGACUCAUUCAUGAAGCUCAUGAACAUCAGACCAACCUUCUCCUGGGAAGACCAAACUGGCUAUCACAACAGACUCGGAGCCCAUGUCUACGAGGACGAGGCUCAAGAACUAGAUCCAGCUUUUCACUUGUUAGGAGAAGUCGAAAGAAAGGAAAUGGAAAGAAGAGAAGUCGAAGACUUCAGAAGAGGUACAGAGGUAAAGUUCGUACUCAAAGAGAAGAGACCCAUCAGCCUUAACUACAGAUUCUGA